AUGGCACCUCAUGCGUGCCAUCGUGUAUUUGACGUACCACGAGUUCUCGUAUCCCAAAAUAAACGUCGCUUCCAGGAAAAUGGUUUUAACUUGGAUCUGAGCUACGUACAUCCACGUGUCAUUGUCAUGGGAUACCCUGCCAUUGGUGUUGAAGGGCUAUUUCGAAACCCGCGAUCUCAAGUCCGGUCACUCUUAGAAGAGCGUCAUGGUGACAAUUAUUUUGUCUUCAACUUUUGUGACGAACCAAAGCGAAGCUAUUCACCAAGUACUUUUGAGGGACGAAUAAAGCAUUUUCCAAUUGAAGAUCACAAUGUCCCGACGUUUCAAAUGAUGAUACUAUUCUGUGAAGAAGCAGCAGCUUGGCUUGAUGCUAGUGACCGUCACGUAGUCGUGCUUCAUUGCAAGGCUGGAAAGGGAAGAGCAGGAAUGAUGGCGUGUAUGUUCCUCUUGCGAAUGGGCUACGCCGCCACGGCGUCCGACGCGAUUGAUCGUUAUAACCGUGAGCGUGUGUGUGAUCGUCGCGGUCUUACGGUCGUAAGCCAGAAGAAGUGGGUUAACUACUAUUCUGCUCUGCUUGUAGAAGCUUCAGUCCCACAAACAUCUCUCGUGGAACCAGCCUUCUCUAUCCGCAAGUUGGUAUUACAUAACACUCUGACAGCAAAGAAGCUGCCCAAGUUACGGCUGCGUAUCUUCACAUUGACUCCCGAUGGGUCUCCUAAGACGCUGCUGCAUCAAGAUGUUGGCUUUAACGAGUUUCAAUUGCAUCAGGUGGUCCGUGGCUGCGUGAUGAUCGAUUUUUAUCGCGAUCGUAUGAAUGGAUGCAUGCAGACGAAGCACUUUAAACUUUGGUUCAACACAUAUUUUCUCAAACCAGACAAAGAAACUGGUCUUGUUGCAUUCUCUCGAUCCGAGAUGGACUGGGUAGCACGAGACAAAAAAUACCGUCGUUUGCCUGCCGCUUUUGAAGUCAAGAUGGUCGUUUCAUGCUCGGCCUCGUAG